GGUUCAAAUUUUGUAAACCUAUAAACAUUUUGGAUCCCCUCGGCUGAUUGCUAGCACAGAUGACAUCUUCAGACUAAGAAUUCUUCACAAUAUUUUCGAUGGAAAUCGAAACUAAAAACGCCGCCGGCUUAUUCAUCUUCGCUAGGUGAAUCUCCUGUACUAUCUACUUGUGUUCAUUGCUGAAUCCCUGCCUCUUUAUCUUCGUCGGUGCAUGAUUCUUCCUGUCUUCGUUCCUCCCACUCUAGAUUGCGAUGACGCUCUGCAACUUUCGAAGCAUUUUCAGAGUAUUGUAAACGAUGGUUCGAUCAGGGGCUUUGUUCGAUGUUGCCCACAAACUGUUUGAUAAAUGUUCUAACAGAGUUUAGGGUUUAAAAUGAAUGGAAAAACUAUGUUUCUACGCCUAAAUCGUGGAAUACAUGUUUUUAAUCAUAAGGAGUCAGGUUUUCUUUGGGUCUUGAUGAGGCACAAAUCUAGCGGUGGAAUGAGACCGAAGAGGAAAAUAUAUUAUAGAGUUGAUGAACUUGACAAAGUUAUGGAGUUGCAGAAAAAGCCAUCCCUUAUACUGAAGCUUAUAAACAUUAUCCAAUCUCAAAAGCACAAGUUUAUAUUCUUGAGGGACUUGGAGAAAGAAGUGGGAUUUGUCCAAAAAUGGAAUUUCAUGGCUGUUAUUGAGAGGUACUCUUCGAUUUUUUAUGUUGAUUCUGGAAGCUGUAGAAGGCCUUAUGUUAGGCUCACCAAUAAAGCUGAAAAGAUUGCUAGUGAAGAACAUAAGGUUAAGAGUUCAAUGGAACCAAUCUUAGUAAAGAAUUUGAGGAAGCUGUUGAUGCUGUCAGUUGACUGUCGAGUACCGCUCGAAAAUAUAGAGUUCAUCGCGUCUGAAUUGGGUUUGCCUUGUGACUUCAAAACUUCAUUGAUUCCUGAGUACCCUGAAUUCUUUUCAGUGAAGGAAGUUGAUGGGAAAGCCCACCUACAUUUGGAGAAUUGGGAUUCUUCGCUCGCAAUCAGUGCUCGGGAGGAAGGAUUUGGUAGAGCCAGAGAUGUAUCUUCUUGUGAGAAUCGAAAAAGAGUUCGAAUAUCAAAGGAUGGCAACUUUUCUGGUCCAUUUGCAUUCAAGAUGUGUUUUCCUCCAGGCUUUAGGCCAAACAUGAGUUACCUUGAACAUCUUGAAAGGUGGCAGAAAAUGGAUUUUCCUUCUCCAUACUUGAACGCGAGGAGAUUUGACGCAGCUGAUCCGAAGGCAAGAAAGAGAGUCGUUGCUGUUCUUCACGAGUUUCUAAGCUUGACAAUGGAAAAAAGGAUGAGAUCAACACAAUUGGAUGCAUUUCAUAGGGAGUUUCUUCUUCCAUCAAAACUAUUGCUGUGCUUGUUAAAGCAUCAAGGAAUCUUCUACAUCACUAAUAAAGGUGCAAGGAGUACAGUACUUCUGAAAGAAGCCUAUGAAGGGUCAGUUUUGAGUGAUAAAUGCCCCUUGCUGUUGCACUUUGAUAGAUUCCUUUCACUCUGUGGUAGGAGGGACAAGCAUUGCAAUUCACCCCAGGUUCGUUUCUAGACUCGUACUCUUAUUUAUCAGAAAAAAAAAAACAAAAAACAAAAAAAAGCUUAAUCCUCAUUGGAUUUCCGAAGAUCCCUAUGUUAGGAUCGCAUAACAACACACAUACUCGAUCUAGAUGAACACAAAAAACAGGAUAGCGAAAAUGCAAGGAAGAAUAUUGUCUAGAGGUUUAUAUUAAUGACUUCAGGUAUGUACAGUGAGGCUCCAUAACCUAACACCCUAGAUGUGUUACGAACUUGAUUGUUGUAGUCUGCUGUCCUCGUACACAAGUUAUUAGAACGAUGUUUUUAGGAAAGAGCAAGCUAUUCAUAAAGUAAUUUUUUCUGGCCAAAUGUAGGCUUUAGAAUCUGAGUUGAGUAUUCAAGAUUCCUGUAAAACUAUAGUUCAUGCACAGUCAAAAGUGGUAAAAAGAUGGCUUCUUCACCACUUUCGUCUUACAAAUCUUUGUUGUUUGACUGGUGGGAAAGGAUGGAAAGAAAAAUAGUUCAUCCAAGAUAGAGAUCUUUUGAUAUAAGUUCUUCUUUUGAAGACAUUAAUGAACUAUGUGGUGAGCCAUAAAUGCACAGACACAAAGAACUCUUGAACCAAGAUUUGUGUGUUUUUUUGGGUUUGUUAUUGAUAUUAAUUCUUAAAUUAGUAUGAGAUUGAUUACCUUGUGAGGCUUUUGUAGCUAUUUCGUCCUCCA